GGACCCCGAGGGAAGCUGUCCCCCCGGAAAGGCAAGAGUAAGACCUUGGACAACAGUGACUUGCACCCCGGACCACCUGCUGGCUCUCCUCCUCCACUCACCAUCCCGGCCACCUCGGCUCCAGGCGCUGCUCUCACCGUCGCCUCCGCGAUGCCGACGGGGCCUGCACCGCCAAACACCCUGGAGCCCCCAGCUCCGGGGCUGAAGCGGGGCCGGGAGGGGGGCCGAGCGUCCACUCGGGAUCGCAAGAUGCUCAAGUUUAUCAGCGGCAUCUUCACCAAGAGCACAGGGGGGCCUCCUGGUUCCGGGCCCCCCGCCGGACCCCCAGGCCUGUCUUCUGGCAGCGGGUCCCGGGAGCUGCUGGGCACCGAGCUCCGCACCUCCCCUAAGGCUGUGGUCAAUAGCCAGGAAUGGACUUUGAGCCGCUCCAUUCCUGAACUGCGCCUGGGUGUACUGGGCGAUGCCAGGAGUGGGAAGUCAUCGCUCAUCCAUCGAUUCCUGACUGGUUCAUACCAGGUGCUGGAGAAGACAGAGAGUGAGCAGCACAAGAAAGAGAUGUUGGUGGAUGGACAGACUCAUCUGGUGUUGAUCCGAGAGGAAGCUGGGGCACCUGAUGCCAAGUUCUCAGGCUGGGCAGAUGCUGUGAUCUUGGUCUUCAGCUUGGAGGAUGAGAACAGUUUCCAGGCCGUGAGCCGUCUCCACGGGCAGCUGAGCUCCCUUCGGGGGGAGGGACGAGGAGGUCUGGCGCUGGCAUUGGUGGGGACGCAAGACAGGAUCAGUGCUUCUUCCCCUCGGGUCGUGGGAGAUGCUCGUGCCAGAGCUCUGUGCGCAGACAUGAAACGCUGCAGCUACUACGAGACUUGCGCAACCUACGGGCUCAAUGUGGACCGGGUCUUCCAGGAGGUGGCCCAGAAGGUGGUGACCUUACGCAAACAGCAACAGCUUCUGGCUGCCUGCAAAUCCCUGCCCAGCUCCCCAAGCCACUCAGCUGCUUCCACUCCCGUAGCUGGGCAGGCUAGUAACGGGGGCCACACUAGCGACUACUCUUCUUCCCUCCCGUCCUCACCCAAUGUCGGUCACCGCGAGCUCCGAGCUGAGGCAGUGGCAGUGGCUGGAUUGAGCACCCCAGGGUCCCUGCACCGGGCAGCCAAGCGCAGGACCAGCCUUUUUGCGAAUCGCCGGGGCAGUGACUCUGAAAAGCGGAGCUUGGACAGUCGGGGAGAGACAACAGGGAGUGGGCGAGCCAUUCCCAUUAAACAGAGCUUUCUACUAAAGCGAAGUGGCAAUUCCUUGAACAAAGAAUGGAAGAAGAAAUACGUGACCCUGUCCAGUAACGGCUUCCUACUUUACCACCCCAGCAUUAACGACUACAUCCAUAGUACCCACGGCAAGGAGAUGGACUUGCUACGAACAACAGUCAAAGUCCCUGGCAAGCGGCCCCCACGGGCCAUCUCUGCUUUUGGCCCCUCAGCCAGCAUCAAUGGGCUCGUCAAGGACAUGAGCACUGUCCAGAUGGGUGAAGGCCCUGAAGCCACUACUCCCACACCAAGCUCAAGCCCCAGCCCCAGUUCCCUGCAGCCACCAUCAGACCAGACAUCCAAACACUUGCUGAAGCCAGACCGGAAUUUGGCCCGAGCCCUCAGCACUGACUGUACCCCAUCUGGAGACCUGAGCCCCCUGAGUCGGGAACCUCCUCCUUCUCCCAUGGUGAAGAAGCAGAGGAGGAAAAAAUUGACAACGCCGUCCAAGACCGAAGGCUCCUCUGGGCAGGCCGAAGCCAAGCGCAAAAUGUGGAAACUAAAAUCCUUUGGUAGUUUAAGAAAUAUUUAUAAAGCAGAGGAAAACUUCGAGUUCUUGAUCGUGUCCAGCACUGGUCAGACGUGGCACUUCGAGGCAGCCAGUUUUGAGGAGCGGGAUGCCUGGGUCCAGGCAAUUGAGAGUCAGAUCCUAGCCAGUCUGCAAUGCUGUGAGAGCAGCAAGGUCAAGCUGCGCACAGACAGCCAAAGCGAAGCCGUGGCUAUCCAGGCGAUCCGGAACGCCAAGGGGAACUGUAUCUGCGUGGACUGCGGGGCUCCCAACCCCACGUGGGCCAGCUUGAACCUGGGCGCGCUCAUCUGCAUCGAGUGCUCCGGCAUUCACCGGAACCUGGGCACGCACCUGUCCCGCGUCCGCUCGCUGGACUUGGACGACUGGCCUCGGGAGCUGACCCUGGUGCUGACGGCAAUUGGCAACGAUAUGGCCAACCGCGUGUGGGAGAGCAACACGCGGGGCCGAGCCAAGCCCACGCGGGACUCCUCGCGGGAGGAGCGUGAGUCAUGGAUUCGCGCCAAGUACGAGCAGCUGCUGUUCCUGGCGCCGCUGGGUUCUCCGGAGGAGCCGCUGGGCCGCCAACUGUGGGCUGCAGUGCAGGCCCAGGACGUGGCCGCCGUCCUCCUGCUUCUGGCCCACGCGCGACACGGGCCGCUAGACACCAGCGUGGAAGACCCGCAGCUCCGCUCCCCACUGCACCUGGCGGCCGAGCUCGCCCACGUCGUCAUCACGCAGCUGCUGCUGUGGGUACGUGAGUGGUGGGGGGGUGAAGGGGUCUGGAGGGCUCCCUCUCGGAAACGGCCGGGCAGGGGGAGCCUCACCCGUGGUGAUCUGGGGUAG